AUAAACGCCGCGUCAUCAUGCGCCGUUUAUUCAAAUAAUAGACUCAAAAAGCACACAGCAGACUACCAUGGCAAUGAUAUAAAGGUAGGUGCUUAGUCGCUUUUAGCCUGGGACUCCUUCGAGUGUUACAUCGAAGAGAGCAUAUCCAGGUAUAUCCAGGCACCUGACGUUUGCUGGAACUAG